UGCAGCAUCUUAUCUUUGAAAGAAAAAACCUACAUAUCCAUAUACCGUGAAGUCUAAACAAUAAAUACCUACGCACCGUUAAAACAGUUCAAAACAAGCAAUGACAGUGUUACAUUCAAAAAAAUUUGUUUGUGUAAAAAAAAUCCAAUAUUAGCGAAAAAAAAUUUGCACAUAAAUUAAUAAAAGUUAAUUAACAAUGCGUCACGAAGAAACGUAUCGUCGUGUGACACGCGAAAAAUUGGUGGUUAGAGGUAAUACCACCAUACGUACUUUGGAUUCUACGACUUCUUAUUUACCAAUAUUGCCUGGCACAUCUUCAACUCCACCUUCUGGCCUAUCACAUGUAGCUCGUAUGAUGGAUUCCUUAAUAUUAGAUCAAUAUCCGCCAUUUGCGUUUACAAAAAUCACAACAACCCAUCGACCGGCCAGAACUGGUACUAUUAAGAAAAGUGAGACUACCAGAACUACGUCAAUUGGUGCAGCGGGAUCUUCAAAUCAAUCAUCGCCAUCAACUGCUCCAACUAACAACGCUGGUGUAAAGGUUAAAAAUCGUUUACCUACACAAGAAGUGCCACCGCAACCAAGAUCUGGUACAAAUCUUCCACCAGCCAGUAAUACUAUUAAUCCAUUAAAUCCGGGCCCUUGUAGUUCCAACGCCGCUACAUUUCCGACACAUAACGACAAUCGUUGGAUUUCUUCGCUAAGGCGCCGAGAUCCCGAAUUGCAGCCAACUCUGCCGUCAAUUAAUCUCAGCCACCAUGGGAGUUCUCAUAACGUUGCCAGCACUGGCAAUGGUGGCUUGGCUGACCGUUCAGAUAAAACCCGAAACUCGCGUAGCCUUAAAACUUCGACUAUGCCAAAUCGUAAAAGCCGGUCAGUUGAAAGAGUUCGGACGCGGAAAUUGGUGACUACACAAAUCAAAUUGAAAGAGAAAACUAAGAAAAAUUCGAUUGAUGAAAAUUCCAAUUCAGAUGAUCAAGAGGCCACUUCUCUGGAGGAAAAUUCCACAUCGUUAAGUACUCCGAAGAAUUCCCCGAAAACUACAACAAAAUCAAAAGUUUUUACACCAAUCGGUUAUGAACCACAUCUUGUGGAAACAUUAGACAAGGAUAUUCUCCAAAGAAAUCCAGGUGUUAAGUGGACCGAUGUAGCUGGACUUAACGAAGCUAAGACCAUACUGCAAGAAGCUGUGGUUUUACCAAUAAUAAUGCCUGAUUUCUUUAAAGGCAUACGUAGACCGUGGCGAGGUGUACUGAUGGUGGGACCGCCUGGUACCGGUAAAACUAUGCUGGCUAAAGCGGUAGCGACCGAAUGUGGCACAACGUUUUUUAAUGUGUCCUCUUCAACGCUAACUUCGAAAUAUCGUGGCGAAAGUGAAAAGUUGGUUCGUUUACUUUUCGAGAUGGCACGAUUUUAUGCACCAAGUACGAUUUUUAUAGAUGAAAUUGAUGCUUUGUGUUCUGCAAGACGCAGCGACUCCGAACAUGAAGCCAGCCGUCGCUUUAAGGCUGAGUUACUAAUACAAAUGGACGGGUUAAAUGCUACCAUGCAGGAGGACAAAGUCAUAAUGGUUCUGGCAGCCACCAAUCAUCCUUGGGAUAUCGAUGAAGCAUUUCGACGACGUUUUGAAAAACGCAUAUACAUAGCGCUUCCAAAUGAGGAAACCCGCUCAGCUUUACUUAAGCUUUGUUUAAAAGAUGUAAACCUUUCUUCCGCUUUGGAUACCAAUACUAUUGGUGAUCAAUUGAAAGGCUAUUCUGGCUUUGAUAUUAGCAAUGUAUGCCGCGAUGCUGCAAUGAUGCCAAUGCGACGGCAAAUAUUUGGACGCACACCUGAACAAAUUAAGCAAAUAAGGCGUGAGGACGUAGACUUGCCGAUUACGUUGCAAGACUUCCAAGAUGCUAUGCAGCGUACUAAGAAAUCUGUGUCAGCUGACGAUGUUAGCCGUUUCGAAAAAUGGAUGGAAGAGUAUGGCUCAUGUUAAACACUAGAUUUCAUACUUUUUUGCUCAAAAUUUUAGUUUUAUUAACAUAUGUGUAACUGGUUCCGUAUUAAACCACACUCGGUUUAAUUGCAAAGGUAAACUUCAUAAACACACUUAAAAAGUAUUGGAAAUUUUUCCCACCCAAUUUUAAGAAUAUCUGUUCGACACAAAAGAAAAUAUCUUAUUUGAAAUUAAUUUCAAAAUUGGUUUGUUUACGUAGUUGAGUAAAAAUAUUGUCGGAAAUUUAUAGAAAAUCACAUUAAAAUAAUAAUAUAUAAAAUAAAAGAACACUUUUAUAAAAACCAUAGACCGGGAGCUACUUUGGCACAGAUAGUCGAGUGUUAAGUUUCUGCUUAGUGGCGUUUCUUUACUGACUACUUGCUACUUGCUUUGCAACUUACAUUGGAAAUCAUGGAUGAUCACAUGUGAUGCAUAGUGGCCGUUGGCCACUGGACGAAAAAACAUUCGUGAAUUUUAAUGAACUUAACGACAUUUCAUUCUGUGCAAAUUUUUUUUUUUUUCAUUACAAUGCAUUGAAAUUGAUCUUAAGACAGAUUCAGCUGCCGCUUGGGUCAUGUUUUGUUUUUCCGUUGCUAUGUGCAUAAAUUGAUUUGUUUGUUGAGGAAACUUGUAAGAGCUUAUUUCAUUAAACACAUGGUUAUCAUUGUUGUUGGGUGUUAAUGCGUAUGAUACGUUAGAAAGUACAUUUAGGCUUGACUGAUCGUUUAACCAUUGAUGAGGAUCUGGAUAGUGUUCAUCAGCUUGUGCUUACUUAAGAAUUUGAUAUAUUUCCCAUCCUUAGGAAGAGUUUCUCCAUAAAUCUGGUCCUUGUGAGUUUUCUAACUCCAAUUGGUUUGUCGAAUUUCAGAAAUUUUUGAGACAUGACUGGAUUCGUUGCGAACGGAAGAAUGAGUGUGAUGCUGCGUUUGCGCGCUAGUUGCACAUUGCUGAUGGAAAGGUAGAUAAUAAUUGUAGCAUAUCGCGAUAUUACUUUUUGUAGCUGAUAAACGAUUGCUCUUCUGAACUACCGGUGCUUGAGAUAACUGUGUUUUGAGGAUUCGGUGAUUGAUUUUGCAAAGUAGAGGAACCCAUUUAAUGAGGGCUGACAAUGUGACAGCCGACGCAACAACGAUUGUUUUAUUUUCCCGGUUGUUACAAUUUAUAAAACACACAUGGAAACCACAAUUGCUCAACUGAAAUCUUGUCUCCACAGAAACAAAACAAAGAAUUUUAAUUAAUGUGGGUUGAAGUUGUUUCGACCUUAUGUUCCCAUGUACAAGCCGUAAAUGUAAGCGAGUUGAUCAGAAUUACACUCGACCUUUUCAUACUGCUACGUCAAUAUUGGGAAAAAUGCAUUUUAAAAAAUUCAUUAUAUGUUUAUUUCAUAUACAUUUUAUACAGUUUUUAUAAAAUGGAAAAAACGAUCAUAUCUUUAUAAAAUGGAGGAAGUGUAUAAUGAACAAAUUUAUCAGUUAUUAAUAAAAAAAAGUGUACCAGUAAAGUUGCGUUGGUUUUUGAGGAUAAAUUAAGUCAAAAUACGAAGGAAAUUAACUGUAUAAAAGUAAAAAAAUUAAAUGGAAAGUAAACUGAACAAAAACUAACCAAUUUAAAAUUUUUCUGUUCACCAUCACAUAGAAACAUUGUAGAGAUCGUCCUACCUGGCCCAGCACCCGACAACAGCGAAAUUUGAUUCUUAAACAUUCACAACGUUUUGAGGUGUCUUCCUAUGACUAUGAAUAGUUUCUUUGUUUAGUUCAUUAAGAAGAAUUAUUAAGCUUUGUUUAAGUAUCGAUAUCGUUGUCAUUAAUUAAUAAACAAACUAAAUAUGCACUGAACAACAGAGAACUACAAAAAUUUCCUUCAAAUAUAAGUUAUAAAGCAAACGAAAUGUUGAUUAUAAGCAAACCAAACGGCAUUAACAAAGAUAUAAUGGCAAUUCUACACUAGCCAGCAAUAGUCAUGUUUGCAGGUCAGCGGACCAUAAAUAUGCAAAAAUAAAUGAACCGCAACAAAUUAUCUUUGAAGGAAACU